AAGAGGAGAGUUAUGCCUGAACCUGCCAAGUCCGCCCCGAAGAAGGGAUCUAAGAAAGCCGUGACCAAGACGGCCGGCAAGGGAGGAAAGAAGCGCAGAAAGUCCAGGAAGGAGAGCUACGCCAUCUACGUAUACAAAGUGCUGAAGCAGGUCCACCCCGACACCGGCAUUUCGUCCAAGGCGAUGGGUAUCAUGAACUCGUUCGUCAACGACAUCUUCGAGCGCAUCGCCGGUGAGUCGUCCCGUCUGGCUCAUUACAACAAACGCUCCACCAUCACGUCCAGGGAGAUCCAGACCGCCGUGCGCCUGCUUCUUCCCGGCGAGCUGGCCAAGCACGCCGUGUCCGAGGGCACCAAGGCCGUCACCAAGUACACCAGCUCCAAGUAAGAAGUGACCCGGACUUCAUCAAACCCAACGGCUCUUUUAAGAGCCACCCACGGUUUCGCUUUAAGAGCUUUUCUCUGUUUCUGAGAAUGAAAGCGGGGAUGUGUCUGAUGAAACUUAGUUUGCGUUUUCCUGCGCAGCUUCUUUACACGUAGUUUCUCUGUUUGGGUAAUGGGUGUUGGUGAAAUGGCGCUCUCUGCCUCAUAUAUACAAUAAUAAAUGUAACACGCGUCAUUCGGGUUUUUGUAGUUUAAAAUAAUGGUAUAUUUGAAUGUAGUAACACGGUUUAAAUGUGCGGCCUGGUGAGCUCCUUUUUUGCUUUCACACUGUGUGAGAGAGAGAGAUGAACUCAAACUGCAUUAAUAAAAUAAAGGCUACACUAAGUUUGAUUUUAUUUUUUGUGCUGUCACAAAAUCAAUAAUACAAUAUAGUAAAACCUG